UUCAGUUUCCAAAACUAGAGAAUCUGUGUAUCGUCGCCUCAAGUGAUAACACAUUCUCUCAUUCAUUCGCCCAAGGGAUAGAUCGGAGCUAAAAGCCAUCCUCUCGCCGGAAAUUUUUUUUCUGAUUUUUUUUUUUAAUUAACCUUCAAGACAGAUAACAACAACACGACAGGGGAAUCUUAGCCUCUCUCUCUAUCUCUUCCAACUUUAUCUCUCUGUCUAUAGAAGAAAUUGAGAUAUCUUCAACACGAAGCUUUUUGGUUUUGUUCUUUAAUCUUUUCUAAAACAAUUCAGUCAAUGGAUUCGUUGGUUCGAAUUCAGUAGCUUCAAAGGUCAUGGAUUUAGUCAGGGGUUUGUGGAGAAAACAUAGAAGGAAGAUUUUGGUGACGACGACUUGUUUGGGAAGUGGGUAUUUGCUCUACAAACUAUACAAUGCCCAUACUCGUAAGCUCGCUGACUUGGAACAAGAGCUUGCUAACGAGCGUGUGAAUGAUGAGAUCAUCAAAACCCAAAUGAAGGCCCAUUUCGACAACAUUCAGAUGAUUGCUGAUACUGCAACAUUGCCUCACGCAAUGCAUCACUUGAGUAGCCGUUUAGUAGAAGAGAUGGAUGUCUCUAGUAUUAUGGCGAAGCUAAGCAAAGGAAAAGGGAUUUUGAUUCCUUCUGAGAAGCUUCAACUUUGGAAUGAACUCAAAAUUUUGAGUUUCACGAGGAUGGUUUUGUCCCUUUGGUCAGUCACUAUGCUUAGUUUGUACAUUAGGGUUCAAGUCAAUAUUUUGGGCAGACAUUUAUAUAUCGACACUGCUAGAGGUCUUGGCAACUCACAUUUACUUGAAGAAUUAGAUCUCAUAGAUAGAGAUGACGAACAAAAGUUUUUAACAAGCGCUGAUUUUCUUGCGACCACUGGCAUGGCGAAUUUGAUUUGUAAUAUGCAGAGUGCUGUGAAAGAAGUUCUGAAGGGAAAACAGUUGAAGGAUGUGUUAACCACAAGGGUUCUUCAAGAAACUGUGAUGCGGAUACUAGAUGUGUUUAUGAGCACUGAAAGUCCACAUCACUGGGUAGAUUAUCUAAUGAUGUCCCAAGAUACGACCACUGAUGCUUCCUCUCCUGAUGCAACUGUCUCCAAGUUUCAUCAACUCAUAACCGAGACGCGGGAAGUACUCACUAGCAAUGAUUUUACAAAUGUAGCAGAGAUCUCACUCAAGUCUUGUGCCGUUGCGUUAGUAGAGGAGAUGGAAACAAAGACCGGUCUGGCCACAGGGAUGCAAUUGGCGAAGCUACUACCACAGAUUGAGAAGACAAUGCCGGAGAUUUCAGCUGAACCGGACAAGAACCGGUUCUUGCAACUCAUCCGAGAUUUGCCUGAAGUUAAACUCUUUUUCACUCUUUUAUACGCAAAUAUGCCUCAGUAGCAUUAUUUAUACGCAAAUUUGCCGAUUCCAAAUUCCCAAAUUGUGUGUUUCUGUUUUAUUUUUCUUUUCAAUUUAAUCCAAAAUAGUAAAAUCAAACAUCAUUAAAAUAAUCGUUCAAUAGCAUA